CGUAAAAUAUCAAUUAAACGACCUCGUUCGAAACCGCUCUAACUAUAAACGUCGGCCUCCGCUUUCCCCUUUCUUUCGGUAUCAUCUUUGUUAGAGCUCCGAUCGGGAUCUUCUUCUUCUCGAGGUAAUUUUCAGCUAUUUGACAGCAAUGAAUGGCAGUCUUGGUAACCAGUCUGGCAUGCAAAGAUCCCCACCGAACCCAUUCGGAAAUGCUUUCUAUGGGACUGGAUCUGGACUCAUCCGUGGUGGACUAGGAGCAUAUGGGGAGAAAUUCCUAGGCUCAAGCUCUGAAUUUAUGCAAAGCAAUAUUAGUCAAUAUUUGUCUGAUCCUCAGUAUUACUUUCAAGUGAAUGGCCAGUAUGUGAGGAAUAAAUUGAAAGUGAUCCUUUUCCCAUUCCUACACAGGGGACAUUGGACUAGAAUUACAGAGCCAGUUGGAGGUAGGCUUGCCUACAAACCUCCAGUUCAUGAUAUAAAUGCCCCAGAUUUAUACAUCCCCCUCAUGGCCUUUGGUACUUAUGUUGUGCUCUCAGGAUUCUCAUUGGGUGUUUUUGGAAGAUUUACACCAGAAGCAUUGAGUCUACAGUUUACAAAAGGAUUAGCAGGCUGGUUCUUCCACAUCCUCCUCCUAAAAGGGUUGUUGUAUUCCUUAGGCAGUGGUGAGGCACCAUUGCUGGACAUUGUGGCCUAUGCCGGGUAUGGAUUUGCUGGCUUGUCCCUUGCUGUUCUGGCAAGGAUCUUUUGGAGCUUCUCAUAUUAUUUUCUGCUGCCGUGGAUAUGUGUGUGCAUGGCUGUGUUCCUUGUAAAGACCAUGAAGAGGGUCCUUCUUGGAGGAACUAGGGGGUAUGAGAAGCAUUCCACCAGGCAUCAUUAUCUUCUGCUCUUCAUGGCUGCAGUUCAGUUCCCCUUGCUGUUCUGGCUUGGUAAUGUCAGUGGGUAAUAAUUUGCUUUUCCUGGCUCUUCUGCUGAUCCAUGGUUUGAAUGAGAUAUCACUUUGGUAUGUGGAUUCAAACUUUUAUGCAAUCUUUGCCAUUGCAUCUAUACUUUUGCCUCAUCAUGCUCUGAUGCUCAUUUCAUUUACUUGGGGUGGGGAUAUCAUUCUUAUUUUUUUCGAUUGUACUCAUCAUUGGAGAGCUGAAUUGAAUGCCAAAUACGAGUUAAUGGCAGGAAACAUUUAAGACAAGAAUGGGGUGUGUUCUUAGUUUGCGUU